AUGACCUACACAGAUCCUCUAACAUUUACAUCGUAUUUUAUACAGGUUAAAUGUUUGAAAUAUUGGCCGAAUCUUGGUAAAAAGAAGAUAUUCGGCAACAUAACAGUCAAACUUCACAAAGAAGAUGUUUUUGCUCAUUUUACAGUUCGAGAAUUCAGGAUUUGUAAGGAAAAUUGUGUCUCCAGAACUGUAAAACAAUACCACUAUACAUCAUGGCCUGAUAAAGGUGUACCAUCUGAUAUUGCUUCAUUGGUUGAAUUCCGUAAUAAAGUCAACAAGUCAUCAUCCAAACGUUCAGGACCUAUGAUUGUUCAUUGCAGUGCUGGUAUUGGUAGAACAGGAACAUAUUUAGCUUUAGAUUAUCUCAUACAACAAGCUCAAGCUGAAAAUUCUGUAGAUAUUUUUUCUUGUGUAUCACAGAUGAGACAAGAAAGAGUUAACAUGGUUCAGACUGUGAUCCAGUACAUCUUGCUUCAUGAUGCUCUAACAGUUUGGUAUAUAGCUGAUGAUACAACAACAUCAAUAACAAAUUAUCCUCAAAUAUAUAAUCAACUUCUACAACAAGAUAAACAUAAUAAUACAUCACAAUUACAACAUAAAUAUCAGUUGAUGAAUGAAAUAAGUUGUAAGAUAGAUAAAGAUGGUUAUUCAGAAGCUCUUAAACCAGAAAAUGUAAAUAAAAAUAGAGAUCAACGUGUCUUGGCAGCCAAUUCCAAGAGACUAUAUUUAUCUAGCAGUGGUGACUCUACAGAUUAUAUCAAUGCUGUUUAUAUGCCGAGCUAUAAGAAAAAAAAAGGUUAUGUUUUGACGCAGUCUCCUAUGUCCACAACUGUAAAUGAUCUUUGGAAAAUGAUCAUGAGUUGCGAAUCAACUGUUAUCAUUGAUAUGGAACCCCGAGCAAAAUCAAAGGUAUCUAAAAGUUCUCAAAUCAGAAUAAAAAGGAAAUACCAUCCAGGUCCAGAUUUACUGGAUUCAUGUCACCAUUUUCUAUUGAGCUUUUCUCACAAUAGAUUUCAUCUUGAGGAUGUAAAGAGAAUUGUUAAAAUCUACCAGUGUCGUUACUGGGAUACCGAUACCAAGCAUCCUGAUUCUUCUAUACCAAUUUUUACAUUGUUAGAUGAGAUUUAUCAAUGGUCAAAUAUAGAUAAUCUUGGUCCUUUAGUGGUCCAUUGCUUGAAUGGUGCUAAUAAAAGUGGUCUGUUGUGUGUUUUAGCUGCUAUCUUAGAAAGAUUAACAAUAGAACAAGAUGUUAACAUUAUUCAAACUAUUUUACAACUACGUAUUUCUAGACCAGAAAUUAUCAAUUCUUUUGAACAGUUUCAGUUUUGUUUUGAAGCAAUUGCAGAAUAUCUGGAUAAUUUCUCAAAUUAUGUAAAUUCACGUUGA